AUGGGAAAGUGUUGGUUUAUUGGGGUAUUGAUUGUGGUGGGCUAUGAGUGCUUGUUUGGAACUAAUGUUGGGGUAGAAGGGUACCCAAUGGAGGAUCUAGUUGUGAGGUUGCCAGGCCAACCCAAGGUUAAAUUCAGUCAAUAUGCUGGCUAUGUUGAUAUAGAUGUAAAGCAUGGGAAGAGUCUCUUCUACUAUUUUGUUGAGGCUGACCACCACCCUCACAAAAAGCCUCUAACACUUUGGCUCAAUGGAGGUCCAGGAUGUUCCUCCAUUGGAGGAGGUGCCUUUACCGAAUUGGGUCCAUUUUAUCCCAGUGGUGAUGGACGUGGUCUACGAAGGAAUUCAAAGUCUUGGAAUAGAGUUUCUAAUCUUCUAUUUGUGGAGUCUCCUGCUGGAGUUGGUUGGUCAUAUUCAAAUACAACUUCCGAUUAUGAUUCUGAUGAUGCCUCUACAGCAAAUGAUAUGGUUUUAUUCAUGUUGAAAUGGUACGAAAAGUUUCCUUCCUACGUAUCAAGGGGAUUGUUUCUUACUGGAGAAAGCUAUGCAGGACAUUACAUACCUCAGUUAACUACUGCUCUUCUUGAUUAUAAUACUCAUUCAACCGGUUUCAAAUUCAAUAUAAAAGGAGUUGCUAUUGGAAACCCACUUCUUGAAUUGAAUCGUGAUACACAAGCAACAUAUGAAUACUUUUGGUCACACGGAAUGAUUUCAGAUGAAAUUGGUAUUUCCAUUAUGAAUGAUUGCAAUUUUGAUACAACUAGUGCUAACUUAUCUAAAUCAUGCCAAAAUGCCAUGGUUGAUGCUCAAGACAUUGUGGGAAGUUAUAUUGACGAAUAUGAUGUGAUUCUUGACGUUUGUUAUCCAUCCAUAGCUGAACAAGAACUCAAAUUGAAAAAAAUGGCUAGUAAAAUAAGUUUAAGUGUAGAUAUUUGUAUGGACAGUGAAAUCUAUUUUUACCUCAACCUCCAAGAAGUUCAAAAGUGUCUCCAUGCUAAUCGUACCAAACUGUCGUACCCAUGGUCUAUGUGCAGCGAUGUUUUAAAUUACAAAAAUACAGAUCAUGACAUCAGUAUGCUUCCAGUUCUCAAACGGAUAGUUCAAAACCAUAUUCCAAUAUUGAUUUACAGUGGAGACCAAGAUUCUGUUGUGCCAUUAAUAGGUUCACGAUCACUAGUUCGUCAACUAGCUCGUGACCUAAAGUUCAACAUUACAGACCCAUAUAGAGUUUGGUUCCACAAAGGCCAGGCUGGAGGUUGGGUAACCGAGUAUGGAAAUUUGUUGACUUUUGCAACAGUAAGAGGAGCAGGUCAUAUGGUACCAUAUGCACAACCUUCUAGAGCAUUGCAUCUAUUUAGUUCUUUUGUGGGUGGCAAGAGAUUGCCAAACACAACUCGACUUUCAGUUGGCGAAUGAUAUAUUUAUGAAUGGAAAAAUGGGACGAUGAAUAUGCCAACUAUAUGUAGAACAUAUGAUAGUAAUAAAUUCUAUAGUCCAAUUGACUCUUACUCAAUUUGUAGAUUUUAUAGCUUAAAAAUAUGUAGCGGUGAAAAAGAAAAUAA